UUCUCGUACCUAAAUGCAAUUUUCUCUUUCUCUACCGUCAACAUAAACAACCCAUCAAAAAAUAGCACAACUUUAAAACCUACCUUCACACUCUCACCACUUUCAAAGAGAAAACUCGGAAAAAAGGAGUGAAUUCCUAAAAUAAUUUCAGCGUUUUUCCAUUUGUUUUCAAGGGUUUUUUUUUUUUUUUCUCUCUUCAUCACCGCCUCUAUUGCAGCUGAUUUGGUAUAAUUUCUCCUCCUUUUCUAUUACUAGAUUCAUUUAUUUCGAUAUAAACAAUAUAGUUAUUGUACUUUUUUCCUUAAUCUUUCAAAGUUGUUCAUUUUAUAAAGGGUGCUUAUAAUUUGAGUUAAAUCUUAGUACUUUAGCUUGGAUUUGCACUUUUUGUUGUAAAUUAGUGAAAAUAAUAGAACCCAUUUUGAUUUUAUAGUUUCUGAUGCAAGAAGAUUGUUCAAUUGUGAAUAUUAAUCUAUGGGUAGUAAUAACAUUGAGAGAUUGUUGUUAGCUAGGAAAUCAUUGAACUUUAGCUUAGAAAAGGUGAAAUCUUUAGGGUUAGCUCUAGAUAAAGCUGGGCCUAGAUUGGAUGAAAUUCACCAAAGGUUGCCUUUACUUGAGGCUGCUGUUAGACCCAUUAGGGCUAAUGAGGAUGCUCUUGUAGCUGUUGUGGGCCACAUUGACCGGGCUGUGGGCCCUGCCGCGGCAGUUUUAAAGGUGUUUGAUGCCGUCCAUGGGUUAGAGAAGUCUUUGUUGUCCGACCCCAGGAAUGAGCUUCCUGGGUAUCUGGCAGUGCUUAAGAGGCUUGAGGAGGCAUUACUUUUUUUAGGAAAUAAUUGUGGGUUGGCUAUCCAGUGGUUGGAGGAUAUAGUGGAGUAUUUGGAGGAUAAUGUGCUUGCUGAUGAGAGGUACCUUUCGGAUUUGAAGAAAUCCUUAAAGGGUCUUAGAGAAUUUCAGAAUGAUGGUGGGAAGGCUUGUCUUGAUGGCGGGUUACUAGACGCGGCCUUAGAUAAGUUAGAGAACGAAUUUCGUAGUUUAUUGAUGGAAAAUAGUGUCCCUCUUCCUAUGGCUUCUGGUGAUGACCAAGCUUGUAUUGCCCCGUCUCCUCUUCCUGUAGCCGUGAUUCAGAAGCUUCAAGCUAUUCUCGGAAGGUUGAUUGCUAAUAAUAGGCUUGAUAAAUGCAUAUCAAUCUAUGUUGAGGUCAGAAGUUCGAAUGUGCGGGCAAGUUUGCAGGCUCUUAAUUUGGAUUAUCUUGAGAUCUCGAUAUCUGAAUUCAACGAUGUGCAGAGCAUAGAGGGGUAUAUAGCUCAAUGGGGAAAGCAUUUGGAGUUUGCUGUGAAGCAUUUAUUUGAGGCCGAGUACAAGCUUUGUAUUGACGUAUUUGAGAGAAUCGGUUUGGAUGUGUGGAUGGGUUGCUUCGCCAAAAUUGCAGCGCAGGCUGGAAUUCUUGCGUUUCUUCAGUUUGGGAAGACCGUGACUGAGAGCAAGAAAGAUCCCAUUAAACUUUUGAAGCUGUUGGACAUUUUUUCAUCUUUGAAUAAACUUAGGUUGGAUUUCAAUCGGCUUUUUGGUGGAGCCGCUUGUGCUGAAAUCCAGAAUUUGACCCGAGAUCUUAUUAAGAGAGUCAUUGAAGGUGCAUGUGAGAUAUUUUGGGAACUUUUAGUUCAAGUUGAAUUGCAGAGACAAACACCACCCCCUAUUGAUGGAAGUGUUCCUAGGCUCGUAAGUUUUGUUACCGAAUACUGUAAUAGACUACUUGGGGAUGAUUAUAAGCCACUUUUGACUCAGGUUCUAGUUAUUCAAAGAAGUUGGAAAAACGAAAAAUUUCAAGAAAGGCUCCUUAUUAAUGCCAUUCGAGAUAUACUCAAAGCUAUUGAGGUGAACUUAGAGGCAUGGUCUAAGAUGUAUGAAGAUCCCAUCCUUUCAUAUGUUUUCUUAAUGAACAACCAUUGGCAUUUGUACAAGCAUUUAAGGGGAACAAAGCUCGGUAAUUUGUUGGGAGAUUCCUGGUUAAAAGAACAUGAACAAUCCAAAGAAUACUAUGCUGCCUUUUAUUUGAGAGAAACUUGGGCAAAGCUUCCGGCUUUAUUAAGCCGGGAAGGUCUGAUCCUCUUCUCUGGUGGUCGUGCUACUGCCCGAGACCUUGUCAAACGUCGCCUAAAGAAAUUCAACGAGAGUUUUGAUGAGAUGUAUAAGAAGCAGUCCAGUUGGGUUGUUUCAGACAAGGAGUUAAGAGAGAAAACUUGGCAGCUUAUCGUACAAACAAUUGUGCCUGUAUACCGAAGCUACAUGCAGAACUACGGGCCACUCGUGGAACAAGAUCCCAGUUCAAGUAAGUAUGCAAAGUAUACAGCACAAUCUUUGGAGAAAAUGAUAAUGUCCUUAUUUCUUCCUAAAUCCGGAAGAUAUGGAAGCUUUAAAGGUCGGCAGUAUAGUGGAAAAUUCAAUGUCCCAGCAGAUCAACUUCGGCAGUAUAGUGGAAAACUUAACAACGUCCCUGCAGAUCAACCUCAACGAUCUCCUACCGCUACUAGUUCAUAGUCACUUGCGUGUUUUAUAUUCGUGUCGGCAUAACAGCCAUUCCGCAAGUGCUUAAUCAAGUAUGCAAAGGCUGAUCUUUGUAUAUAAUUCGUAUCCUCGAAGGUCUUAGCCCUGCACUCUCAAAUGGCGUCCGAUCACUACUAGCCUUUAUGGGUUACACGGAGGAGAUUAUCGCAUAGCUAAGGCAAGUAAUUCUAUCUUCACUUCUUCAUUAGCAGUAGUAGUAGUAGCAGCAUAUGUAUAAUUUUUGUCUAGCGACGCGUACCUAUGAUUCCGAUAUCGAUAGUAGCUAAAUUAUCCUCAAGAGGAAGUGUCAUUGUCAAGACAAUGUAGAUCCCUUCCUCUACAUAUAAUCACCAAGUGUAUUAGUCAAAUGCAUUGAUAGAAAGCUAAUAAUAGAACAUUCAUUAUGUGAUUUGUUUUUAGAUGUCUUUGAUUUUUGAUGGCUUUGUUUGCAUGCUCUUGUGGAAAUGUAGAGUACUUGUCAGUCUAUAAGUUUUGCUCAUAUCAACAAAGCACUUGCCUUUAGUAUCUCUACGUAAGUUGUGAACUAUCUUAUUUGCCCUUGGUCUUCUUUCUCUAAAGGUACAAUAGAUUUUAUAGUUGAGAUUUGCUACCUGUACUAGCGUUUUAUAAAAGUAUGUUGCUACCAUAUAGAAUAUUCCUAAGAUAUUUCACAACUUAAUGGGCAAUUAAACGAAUUUAAUCCAUUAAUGUUACUGUAGCUUUGAGUACAACAAUGCUAUUCGGUGGAAUUUUUUUUAAAAUUUGCUACCACUGACGUUUCAUAAAAGUAUGUUACCAUAUAGAAUAUCCCAUUAAAAAAUUAGUGAUCUUUCCAAGACAUGCCAUAACUAAAGCUUCUUUUUUAAGUGUCAAACCAUCUAUACCUAUUUCCAGGAAUCACCAUACAUU